AUGUAUGUUAUAGAACAUUCAGGGUAAAAUUUCCCUAAAGAAAUCAAGUCUUGUAGAUUUCAUCGACAAUAAUAGUGAAAAAAAAGCGGGAUUUCUCGGCCUUUGCUCUGGUUGUGUCUUUGUCUUCAAGCAAUUUCCAAGCUUUUCAGCUGAGAGAGAAAUUUCAGGUCUGGUUUCGAUUCCCAAACUGCAGAUAGCUGAUAUUUUUAAUUGGUUAGGGUUUGGGACUGAAGGCGAUGACUACAGCGACCAACGACAUCAACGCCAGGAAUGGUGAAGAUCUCGCUCGGUACUUUCUCGAUCGCUCUCGACUAAGCUUGACUCGAGGUCCAUGCGACAUGGAUGAGGACGAAGAGGCGCCUACCGAGCUCAACACCAUUAACAGCUCCGGUGGAUUCCUUGUGGUCUCUCCCGAUAAGCUUUCCGUGAAGUACACUAACGUAAAUCUUCACGGCCACGAUGUCGGUGUCGUUCAGGGUAAUAGACCGGCUCCGGUGAAACGGCUUGUUUACUAUUUCGAGAUUUUUGUCAAGGAUGCCGGGACUAAGGGUCAAAUCGCCAUUGGUUUCACUAGCGAGAACUUCAAAAUGCGGAGACAGCCAGGAUGGGAGGCAAACAGCUGUGGUUAUCACGGGGAUGAUGGAAAUCUUUAUCGUGGGCCAGGCAAGAGUGAUGAGUUUGGACCGAGAUACACUUCUGGUGAUAUAGUUGGGGGUGGUAUCAACUAUGCUUCACAGGAAUACUUUUUUACUAAAAAUGGGGCGGUCGUAGGGACAGCUUUCAAGGAAGUGAAGGGUCCAUUGUUUCCUACCAUUGCUGUUCAUAGUCAAAAUGAAGAAGUGCAGGUUAACUUUGGGCAGAAACCUUUUGCUUUUAAUCUUAAGGAGUUUGAAGUACAAGAGAGGAUGAAGCUACAAAUGACGGUUGAUAAAAUGUCUUUACCAACAAAUGUUAGUCAUGGACUUGUGCGCUCAUAUUUGCAAUAUUAUGGUUAUGAAGACACACUCCAUUCAUUUGACAUGGCUACUAAAAGUACUGUUCCUCCAAUAUACUUAGCUCAAGAAAAUGGGUUUGAUGAGCAAGAUAUAGUAUAUGCACUGGGUCAGAGAAAGAUUCUUCGACAACUAAUUAGGAAUGGAGAUAUUGAUGCUGCACUUGGAAAUCUUCGUGAAUGGUAUCCCCAGAUUGUUCAGGAUGAUAAAUCAGCAACUUGCUUUCUGCUUCAUUGUCAGAAGUUCAUUGAAUUAGUUCGAGUUGGAGCACUAGAGGAGGCUGUGAAAUACGGAAGAAUGGAGUUGGCAAAAUUUUUUGAGUUGCCUGGGUUUGACGAUCUAGUUAAGGACUGUGUUGCUCUGUUGGCAUAUCAACAGCCACAAGAGUCUUCAGUUGGGUAUCUUCUCGAAGAGACACAACGUGAGGUUGUGGCAGACACUGUCAAUGCAAUGAUCUUGUCAACAAAUCCUACUAUGAAAGAUUCACAAAGUUUCUUGCAUUCAUACCUCGAGAGGCUACUCAGACAGCUGACUGCGUGCUGUUUGGAGAGAAGAUCUUUAAAUGGGGAUCAAGGUGAAGCUUUUCAUUUGCACAGAGUACUUGAUAUUAAGAAGGCCAAGUGCUAGCUGAUCUUAUCUGUCACAGUUUGCAUCCCUUACCCUAUUCAUACGCACAGACAGCCUUUCCUAUUGUGUCACAUAUCUGGUUGGACUCAGCUCUUAGUUUGCGUAACUGAAUGGCCACUCAUACCUAGCUGAUCUGAAGUAGUGUUGCACUCAUCGGAAAGAAUGGUGUGUUCUCUCUAUCUCCAUGUGCUUUGUAUUUCACCAUUUUGAAGUCUCAGAAGAAGGUAUUCUAGUUGAACUAUGAUUUGGGAAAUGUAUGUACUGUAGAAUUAUGUGUUAUGAUCUUUGGAUUACCACAAGGAUCUGUACAAAAUUUGUUUGGGGAGCUACAUUGGAACUGUGUUCGAAUCAAACAGAAAUAGAACAGAUAAGAUGAUUACUGGAUGGUAAUGUGGGUGCUAGAGUUCUUACAUGUUAGUCCAAUUUUUUUUUCAUGAAGGAAAUCAGUUUAAUA